AGACAGACACCCCAACAGCAAUCUCCAUUAUAUAUAUAUACGCACACUUGCGAAGCAACUCCUACUAAUCCCUUGCUCCCUUUUCCUCCUUCAAACUUGUUAGUGACUAUCUUCACGCAUAUCCAUCUCCCCUCACCCAAUCUGAAAGACAUCUCUUGGCAAAAAGUUUGUGUUUUUGAUCUUUGGUAUUUGGUAUACAUGGCGAUUCAAGUUGGGCUCCCACAAACUUCACAGGACUUGAUUAAUCUCCAUGCUUGUGCUGUCGCUGCCUUCCCUCACUCCUGUUUUCACCCUCCCCAAAAGCAACCACAACAGUAUUUCAGUGACCCGCUGAUGCACCCAGACAUGCUUCACCCCAAUCUUCUUGUUUCUGCCUCAAAAUCAAAUAACGACUUGGAUAUCAAUCAUCCCCCUUCACUUCCUACUUUUCAAACCUCGGCUCUUCAAUUUGUAAACCACGAUCAUGAGAUUGAUCAUUACAUCAAAUUGCAGGGUGAGAAACUGAGCAUCAAAUUGCAAGAGCAGAGAAAGCAACAACUGGCGACGAUAUUGAACGCGGUGGAUUUAAGCAUGCUCACUUCGCUGGGGCAAAAAGAUGAAGAAAUUGCUCGGGCAGCAAAGAAAAGGACGGAGUUAGAAUAUCUUUUAAACAGAGUAGAAGCAGAGAAUCAAGCAUGGCGGAGAGCUGCUUUGGAGAGUGAAGCCAUGAUAUUAUCGCUAAAUAACUCACUAGAGAAGAUGAAAGAAACGGCUUACUGUAGUUUCAACAAUGUAUGGGCAGAUGAGGCACAAUCCUGCUGGGACGAAAGCGGACGAGAUUACAAGCAGAUGGAGGAAGAAGCAAAAGACGAUGAUGAACAGAAAGGGAGAGAGAUGGCCGCUUUCGCUUGCAAAAGUUGCAAUUGUGCCAUGGCCUGCUUUUUGUUCCUUCCUUGCAGACACCUUUGUGCUUGCAAAGCUUGCGAGCCUUUUCUCCAGGCUUGCCCCGUCUGCACAAUGCCUAAGAAGGCCAGUUUAGAGGCUUUGAUAUUCUAGGCUUAUUUUCCGGGAAAAAGUAAAUACAUGUACAUGGCAACCAAAAAAAUAAUAAUUGAGAGAUAUUCAGAUAGAUUAACCGUCUGA